CCAGGCACCGGCUGCUGCCCACCGCCGAGAGGAGCUGCCUGUCAACAUCAGCCUGGGCCGCAGCGCACCACCGCUACGGGUGGGCAGCUAUGGCCAAGGACAUCCUGGGGGAAGCAGGGCUGCACUUUGAUGAGCUGAACAAGCUGCGAGUGUUGGACCCAGAGGUCACCCAACAGAUCAUAGAGCUCAAGGAAAAGUGCAAGGACUUUGUGGACAAGAUUGGCCAGUUCCAGAAAAUAGUUGGUGGUUUAAUUGAACUCGUUGACCAACUUGCAAAGGAAGCAGAAAACGAGAAGAUGAAGGCCACUGGUGCUCGGAACUUGCUCAAGUCCAUAGCGAAGCAGCGGGAGGCCCAGCAGCAGCAGCUGCAGGCGCUCGUCGCGGAGAAGAUGCAGCUGGCAAGGUAUCGAGUUGAAUACGAAGCUUUGUGUAAAGUAGAAGCUGAGCAAAAUGAGUUUAUUGACCAAUUUAUUUUUCAGAAAUGAACUGAAAACUUAAUUUUUAUAGGAGGAAGGCAAGAAAAAAGCCCCCCAACCCCAAAAAAUCCUCUGUCCCAGGUCCCGGG